AUGGCUAGUGAAGGCAAUCGUUGGAGACAACUUAGACGCUUUUCUCUGACAACACUGAGAAAUUUCGGUUUGGGAAAGCGCAGCAUUGAAGAACGUAUUGAGGAGGAAUGUGGCUGUCUAGUAGAGGAAAUCAGAACAUACAAAGAGCUCCAGUUUGACCCAGCUAUUCUCAUCACCAAAGCUGUAUCCAAUGUAAUCUGCUCAAUCGUGUUUGGAAAUCGCUUCCAGUAUGACGAGGCCAAGUUCCAUAGAAUGCUGAAAAUCUUCUACGAAACAUUUGAGCUCAUGAGCUCCACCUGGGGACAGGUACAAGACAUGAUUCCAAUGAUAAUGAACCACAUUCCUGGCCCUCACCAGAAAAUCACAACGCUGCUGGAGGAGCUGAAUGAUUUUGUAGCCGAGAGAGUGAAGAUAAACCAGGAGUCCUUGGACCCAAAUGAGCCCAGAGAUUACAUUGAUUGCUUCCUCAUCAAAAUGCAGCAGGAAAAGGAUAAUCCUGACUCAGAAUUCAACAUGAAGAAUUUAAUUCUGACUCUUAACAACCUGUUUUUUGCUGGUGGUGAAACUGUAGCUACCACUUUGAAACAUGGAUUCCUCAUACUCCUGAAGUACCCCGAUAUACAAGUUAAGGUCCAAGAGGAGAUUGACCAUGUGAUUGGGCAGGAUCGAGAACCACAUAUUGAGGACCGCAGCAAGAUGCCAUAUACUGAGGCUGUGAUCCAUGAAAUCCAAAGAUUCAGCAAUGUGAUCCCUAUGAAUGCUCCCCAUUCUGCUAUCAAGGAGACUAUGUUUAGAGGAUACACUAUUCCAAAGGGUACUGGAGUCUGUGCCUUGCUGUGCUCUGUCCUGGAAGACCCAAAUUAUUUUGCCACCCCUCGUAGAUUCAACCCAAACCAUUUCUUAGACUCUGAUGGAAAGUUCCUGAGAAAUGAAGCCUUUGUGCCAUUUUCUAUAGGUAAAAGAAUGUGUCUUGGGGAAGGACUGGCUAGAACAGAACUUUUCCUGUUCCUUACCACCAUCUUACAGAAAUUUACACUGACUUCAGAUACUCAGUUCUCCGAGUCUGACAUCUACCCUAGGAUGACUGGCUUUGCCAAUGUACCCAUCCCUUAUAAGAUGGCAUUUGUGCAACGCUAA